AUGGUCAACUCCUGUUGUGGCUCUGUGUGCUCUGACCAGGGCUGUGGCCAAGGUCUCUGCCAGGAGACCUGCUGCCAACCCAGCUGCUGCCAGACCUCCUGCUGCAGGACCACCUGCUGCCGCCCCAGCUGCUGUGUGUCCAGCUGCUGCAAGCCCCAAUGCUGCCAGUUUGUGUGUUGCCAGCCUACCUGCUCCAGACCCACCUGCUGUGUGACCAGAUGCUGCCGUCCUAGCUGCUGUGUGUCCAGCUGCUGCAGGCCCCGCUGCUGCAUGUCCAGCUGCUGCAAGCCCCAAUGCUGCCAGUCUGUGUGUUGCCAACCCACCUGCUGCAGGCCCAGCUGCUGUGUGACCAGCUGCUGCCAUCCUAGCUGCUGUGUAUCCAGCUGCUGCAAGCCCCAAUGCUGUUAG